AGGUGGAGGGCAUUUCCGCUUUAUUUGUCGGUAUAAAGAUGCGAGUAAUAUACCUUUGUUGUUCUUCCCCUCUGUCACUCUUCCGCUGAUUCAUAGUCGAGGAGAUAAAAAAAGGUUUUCGAGCAUGGAGAGUAUUCACAGCUUUUGGCAGUUGGGUGACGAACUCCGAGGCCAGACAAAAGUCUCGGAGGAUCACAAAUGGUUGGUUGCUGCUUCAAAACUGGCUGAGCAGACUAGGUCAAAGCCCGAGCGAAGGAUCAACCUUGAUCUCUCAAAGGGUUCUGCUGAAUUGAGGCACAAGGAUAAUAUCGGGUUUCAAGAAGAUAACAAGUUCGAAAGUUUUAACUUCAACAUGUUAAACUUGGAGGCGAAGUUCAACGAGAAUGUGAACAAAAGUUCCCUUAGAAAUGGUAUUUAUAAUAAUAUGAAUGCUGUUUAUCAGAAUCCUAAUAUCGGCUCUUUGGGGAAUGUAUCUGGAAGCAAAUACAACAAUAUCAACCUCAACAAGGAGCCUAAUUAUGGUGACGGCUACAACAAGGAAGACAGCACAAAUGCAAGCAAUGCAGUUGAUAAAAGGUUUAAGACCUUACCUGCUGCAGAGACCCUCCCCAGGAACGAGGUUCUCGGUGGAUAUAUCUUUGUGUGUAACAAUGAUACUAUGCAGGAGGAUUUGAAGCGACAGCUAUUUGGUCUGCCCCCAAGAUAUAGAGAUUCUGUCAGGGCAAUAACACCUGGUUUACCUUUGUUCCUCUAUAACUACACCACUCACCAGUUGCAUGGUAUCUUUGAGGCAGCAACUUUUGGGGGUGCGAACAUUGAUCCUACUGCUUGGGAAGAUAAAAAGUGCAAAGGCGAAUCAAGGUUCCCUGCUCAGGUAAGAAUUCGUAUUAGGAAAAUCUGCAACCCUCUGGAGGAAGAUGCGUUUAGACCAGUCUUGCAUCACUAUGACGGUCCUAAGUUUCGUCUUGAGCUCUCAGUACCCGAGACCUUAGACUUGCUGGAUCUCUGUGAACAAGCCGGUGUUUAGAAUGUUGCUGCUGGCAGUUAUUCCAAUCCCAACUUUAAAGAAAUGUGGUGAUGUAUGUGUAUGCCGUAGUUUUUGUGGAGCAUCGUGUGUGUGUGUGUGUGUGAAGAUUUCGCGUAUUUUCCAUGGAGCGCAAGCUUGGGAGGCAAAUCUGGUGUUGUGAUAUUCGUAGAGUAGGAUUUUGGUUAAAUAAAUGUAAAAUGAUGUUUUGUGAAGGAUGCAAAUAGCUUCACUGUAUUUAACCCUUGUAAUCUUUAUGGGAAGCUUAAGAGUUGAGUCAACCUAAGGCCUGAAUAUUGACUAAUGGCCAAGCCGUAGUAUUUAUUAUAUGUUGUGGCUAAGUGAACUCACUUAUACCAAGUUUGGUAAAAGAAAAACCUGGUUGAUUGCUGCUAGAUAUAUAUUUGAAUACAUAGUUUCAUUAUGCAUAGUCAAUGCAUGAAGGAAUA